UACAAUUCCAAUGUUCUAACGAAACGACGAAUAAAACAUAAAACCACUAUUCGUUCACCUCUUAUUCAAAUAGAAGAAAAAACCCUAUUCGCACUAUUUGGUUGAGCAUUGGAGGAAUCAAAUCAAAUCAAAAUUGCAAGCAACUUUGAUUUAGGGUUGCAGCAUACAUUGAUUUGCGUACUCUUAAGAUGUUCGACCAUCGUUUACUAUAGUACUGUCAAUUCGCGCGAUUUUCCGGUUUUCUCAAGAGAUUUGGUGAGAAUUUGAGUAGAAUUAUAUCGAAAUGCCUAAAUAUAAUGUUGGAGGGAAAGUAGUCGAUGGAGUGGAUUUGUUGAGGAAGAAGCACAAGCAAUGGCGACUCGACGUGUGGCCAUUUGCGAUUAUUUAUGCUCUUUGGUUGUCAGUGAUUGUUCCUAGCUUGGAGAUUACUGAUUCUUUGAUAGUUUUUGGAGGUCUUGUCACCUUCCACAUCUUAGUCCUGCUUUUCACAGCUUGGUCCGUCGAUUUCAAAUGUUUUGUACAAUAUAAUAAGGUUGAUGAUAUUCACCAAGCAGAUUUCUGCAAAAUUACUCCAGCAAAGUUCUGUGGUUCAAAGGAAAUUGUCCCACUUGAGUUUCGUAAGAAAGCAGGUUCCACUGAGGAUGAAGAAAUUUUCUUCGAUUUCAGAAAGCAAAGGUUUAUAUAUUCAAAGGAAAAAGAAACAUUCUACAAGCUUCCUUUCCCUACUAAAGAAUCGUUUCAAUACUAUCUCAAACAUACUGGACAUGGCUCUGAUGCUAAAGUGGUUGCUGCCACAGAGAAAUGGGGACGCAAUGUAUUCGAGUAUCCACAACCCACUUUCCAGAAACUAUUGAAAGAGCACUGCAUGGAACCCUUUUUUGUAUUCCAGGUCUUUUGUGUAGGUCUUUGGUGUUUGGAUGAGUAUUGGUAUUACAGUUUGUUCACUCUGUUCAUGCUGUUCAUGUUUGAAUCAACUAUGGCAAAAAGCCGUUUGAAAACUUUGACAGAGCUCAGACGUGUACGAGUUGAUAGCCAGACCGUAAUGGUACAUCGUUGUGGCAAGUGGGUGAAGCUCUCUGGGACUGAUCUUCUUCCUGGGGAUGUGAUUUCUAUUGGACGUUCAUCUGGUCCAGAUGGUGAAGAUAAGUCUGUACCAGCAGACAUGCUAAUAUUAGCUGGAAGUGCUAUUGUUAAUGAGGCCAUUCUCACAGGCGAGUCUACUCCUCAGUGGAAGGUAUCCACCACCGGCAGAUCUGCUGAGGAGAGGCUGUCUAUUAAACGAGAUAAAAAUCAUGUGCUUUUUGGUGGUACAAAAAUAUUGCAGCACACUCCAGAUAAGUCUUUUCCUCUGAAAACCCCCGAUGGUGGCUGUGUAGCUGUUAUAUUACGAACUGGAUUCGAGACAAGUCAAGGAAAAUUGAUGCGCACAAUAUUAUUUUCUACUGAGAGAGUUACUGCAAACAGUUGGGAAAGUGGAUUGUUUAUCUUAUUCUUGGUUGUAUUUGCAAUUAUAGCUGCUGGUUAUGUGCUGAAAAAGGGGCUUGAGGACCCUUUAAGGAGCAGAUACAAACUUAUCCUCAGCUGUUCACUAAUUGUUACUUCUGUUAUUCCUCCUGAACUGCCAAUGGAAUUAUCUAUAGCCGUCAACACUUCUCUUAUUGCUUUAGCAAGGCGUGGGAUAUUUUGCACUGAGCCAUUUCGAAUUCCAUUUGCUGGGAAGGUUGAUAUUUGUUGCUUUGACAAGACGGGAACCUUAACGUCAGAUGAUAUGGAAUUCUCUGGCGUCGUCGGGUCCACAGAAAGCAUGGAACUAGAGUCAGAUAUGAAAAGAGUACCAAGUCGAACACUGGAAAUUCUUGCUUCUUGUCAUGCGUUAGUAUUUGUGGACAACAAGCUGGUUGGUGAUCCUCUUGAGAAAGCUGCACUUAAAGGAAUUGACUGGUCCUACAAAUCUGAUGAGAAGGCCAUGCCUAAAAAGGGGAGUGGCAAUUCUGUGCAGAUUGUUCAAAGACAUCACUUUGCCUCUCAUCUAAAACGAAUGGCAGUUGUUGUGCGUGUGGAGGAGAAAUUUAUUUCUUUUGUGAAGGGUGCACCUGAAACUAUUCAAGAUAGGCUGAUCAGCUUGCCAUCCUCAUAUGUCGAAACCUAUAAAAAGUAUACACGCCAAGGAUCCAGGGUUUUGGCCCUUGCAUACAAACCCCUUCCAGAGAUGGCAGUCAGUGAAGCCAGAAACCUGGAUAGAGAUGUGGUGGAGAGGGAUUUGACAUUUGCUGGCUUUGCGGUUUUUAACUGUCCUAUCCGCUCUGACUCAGCUUCUGUAUUGUCUGAACUAAAAGGGUCCUCGCAUGAUUUGGUGAUGAUUACGGGUGAUCAAGCAUUAACUGCUUGCCAUGUUGCUGGUCAAGUGCAUAUUAUUUCUAGACCAGCAUUAAUUCUAUCUGCAUCAAGGGGUGGUGACAGAUAUGACUGGGUUUCACCAGAUGAAACUGAGACCAUACCUUUCAAUGCAAAAGACGUUGAGGCCCUGUCUGACACACACGAUCUUUGUGUUGGUGGUGAUUGCUUUGAAAUGCUGCAGCGGACAUUGGCUGUUGUGCAAGUUGUGCCAUUUGUUAAGGUUUUUGCUAGGGUUGCUCCUGAGCAGAAAGAGCUCAUUCUUACCACACUAAAAACUGUUGGGAGGAUGACAUUAAUGUGUGGUGAUGGUACAAACGAUGUUGGAGCUCUGAAGCAGGCACACAUUGGGGUGGCUUUGCUGAAUGCUGUGCCUCCAACCCAAAGUAAAGAUUCUUCUGAAGCUGCUAACAAUGAAACUGCUGCCUCUAAGUCCAAGAAACAGAAGCUUGCUAUUGAUGAUAAAAAAGCUGUCACUGUUAAUGGUGAAGGCCCUUCACGAAAGAGAUCUGCUUCAAGAUCUGAAUCCUCUAGCCAAGCAGCUGGCAGUAAGCAUCUGACUGCUGUUGAGUUGCAGAAGCAGAAGCUGGAGAAAAUGUUAGAAGAGAUGAAUGAAGAUGGUGAUGGUCGUUCUGCCCCCAUUGUGAAGCUAGGGGAUGCUUCCAUGGCUUCACCUUUCACCGCAAAGCAUGCAUCAGUGGCACCGACUUUGGAUAUCAUUCGUCAGGGUCGGAGUACUCUUGUUACUACACUUCAGAUGUUUAAAAUCCUUGGCCUGAACUGCCUUGCAACUGCCUAUGUGCUCAGUGUCAUGUACUUAGAUGGUGUGAAGCUUGGUGAUGUACAGGCAACUAUUAGUGGGGUUUUCACAGCUGCAUUUUUCCUAUUCAUCUCUCAUGCUCGCCCACUUCAAACGCUUUCAACUUCUCGACCCCACCCCAACAUAUUCUGCUGCUAUGUUUUCCUCUCUCUACUUGGACAAUUUUCUGUCCACCUCCUUUACUUGAUUAGUUCUGUCAAGGAGGCUGAGAAAUACAUGCCUGAAGAGUGUAUUGAACCCGACUCUAGUUUCCAUCCAAACCUGGUAAACACCGUUUCAUACAUGGUUGGAAUGAUGUUGCAGGUCGCUACUUUUGCAGUAAACUACAUGGGUCAUCCUCAUAAUCAAAGCAUUACAGAAAACAAGCCCUUCCUUUAUGCUCUCGUAGCAGCAGUUGGUUUCUUUGUUGUCAUCACUUCUGAUUUGUUCAGGGAUCUCAAUGACUGGCUAAAGCUUGUGCCUAUGCCCAAAGCUUUAAGGGAUAAGCUGUUGAUAUGGGCUUUGCUUAUGUUCUUGACUUGCUAUUUCUGGGAAAGGUUUCUGAGAUGGGUAUUCCCUGGGAAAAUGCCUGAUUGGAGGAAACGCCAACAGCAAGCCGUGGCUAAUUUGGAGAAGAAGAAAAAUGUGUAAGUUUCGGCAAUGAUUAACAGAUGAAAAUCAGUUCUUUCGGAGCUUGUUAGCUCACUUGCCUGCUGACCAUACAUAGAUGGAGAGAAAAUGGUGCCGGCUUACAUGUGGCUAUGUAACAUGCUCUAAACGGACUUCUGGUAGGCAUUCAUCAGGCAUUUUUGUUAGGAGAUGCUUCGUUAUUUUUUGUAAACAAACUAAUAUUUAUGAUUUGUCCUUUGAGUAGUUGUAGCAAAGCUAUUUAUAAGCGGAUAUAUAACAUACUAUUCUCAAAGAGUUUUAGCAGUUGCACUAACGUUAGAUCACUUGACUUGUAAGAUCAAGUGAAAUCAUACAAAUUUUAUUUUAUUUUUCAA